CCUCCGACCGCUCCACUGUCCAACUACACCUUUCGCUCGGCCCAGAUACCUGCUCUCACACCACACAGCCUUAACACGUCGGCGCACUCACGUUUCUGAGGUCCGUUCAAGCUCUUCCGUCCUUGUCCUCGGGGGCCCUGCUCCUCUGUUAUUCUUCGUCUUUGCCCCAAGAUUCGAGCGCGAUAGAUGAUCUCAGCAACAUGCCCUCCCUCCCUUUCGCAGACCGCAUGUCCUCCGCGGCCAACAUGCGAGGCAACAGCGACGUCGACGAGGGAGAGUCGCUUCUCGGCCGAGGCCGGGACAAGGCACGCCGCUUCUGGGACGGCUUCAUCGAUUUCGCUUUGCAAGGCAACAUCCUUGAGAUCGCCUUUGGUCUGAUUAUCGCCGCCGCCUUCACCACCCUCGUCAACAGCUUCGUGCAGAACAUCAUCAUGCCCCCCAUAUCCGUCAUCUUCCCGCUCAACCGCAACAUGGAGCAGAAGUUCGCCGUCCUUCGAGGUGGGCCCAACUACAACCACGAUAAUAAGUAUACGACCCUCGAGCGCGCCAAGGACGAUGGCGCCGUCGUACUCGCCUAUGGCUCUUUUCUUAACCAACUCGUCUCCUUCCUCUGCGUCGGCAUCUCCCUCUACGGCCUGGCCCACGUCUUCCAGUUCUUCUCCCCAGAACCGAUUAUUAAGCAUACUGUUAAGUGCAAGUACUGCCGCAAGCGAAUUAGCAAUAAGGCGCAACGCUGCGUCAACUGUACCAGCUGGCAAGAUGGCCGCGAGGACCGGGCUCACCGUUAGAUUUAACAUGCCUUCAAGUGUUUGAAGAAAUCUGCAUGGUUUGAAUAGAACGGGGCGUAACUCGGCGGCGUGCAUGGCCAUUUGCCCUUGUCCUGGAUCAGUGUUUUGACAUAGCGAAUGUGUUGCCGGCUGGGGGGAGGUUUGUGAGAGCAUUCGUCGGCAUGGUUAUCUUCCUGAAUCACUAUUAUUAUACUCAAUAGCUUCUUUGGGUCGAGAAAAGAACCAUAAGCUUCGUUUUCGAUCCGUCGUCGCCUAACAAGCAAAGAAGCAUGAGUGCCAACCAUUUUGAUCCAACGCCGUUAAACGCUUUCGCUACUAUGUAUCAGGCUGUCAGUGCCUCGUGGAAGUCGCUCCAUAGAUAAACCGAACUAGCCCAUCCAUACCACCUUCGUGGCCGCCCCUAGACACCUUAUACAAAGGGAAUCGUCUCAAGGAGGGUCCCUCCGUUGUGUUGGGGAUGCUCCUUCUCGAUACGCGACGAUACAUUGUGGCGGAUCACUAUCCAUGCAGUUAAGCAGAUGAUGAACACGCCGGCCAAGCCACCGAAAUCGAUGCCCAUAUUUUCGCCAAGCUCCGUGUCAUUUUUCUUGUUCUUUUCCUCCUU